AUUCAUCUUUCUAAAAAUUUGAGAGUGAUCUGAGGUGGUGACGUGGUGUCUUAUUCGCAAAUAAUAAUGGGAUUGGAAAAAAUAAGACAGGUUUGAUUAGUGAGGGUAGUUUUCACUCUCAAAGAAUGAAUAAAGAGAGUAUAAUUAUCAACUAACCACACAAUUAUGCAUAGCACAUGGUAGUGAUUGAGAUCUGGAAAAAUAAGAUCCCGCCGAUUCUCUUGGGCGGGCCCACGCGGUUUGGUCCAUCAUCUCAUCUCAUGCAUCUCAUGUUGUUAGUGGAUAAUCAGCCCAUUAGCCAACCCCCCUUCCCUCCCAUCAGAUUCCAACUUGGCUUUUUCUUCUCCAAUGCUCUGCGUCUGUCUCCUCUUUUUCUUCUUUCUUUAUUGGUAGUUAUUGACAGCUAAUGGGCGGAUUUACAUAUUUAUUUUGAAGUGGUUAAUUACGUGAUAAUGUCUGGGAAAUACUAGACCAGGUUGAUCUUAAGCUAGAUUCUGACUCCUUUUUUGAGUUAGGUGAGUGAUCUCUCCUUCUCCCUUCGUGCACAAGUUUGAUUGAAGCACCCAAUCACCAUGCAUAAAUCGUCCACCCAAAAGCCCAUGAAGAGAGGGUUUUCAUUGGUCCAUGCAUGUUUUAAAGUGGUCGUUUAAAGGAGUAUCGUUUGGGAUCAAAAAUUGAUUUGAAAUUGAAUUAGUAUGUACAGUUUAAUUUUUUUUAGUGAAUUCCUGUGUAUGUUUGGAAUUAUAUACACAAGAAACUCUAGUCUUAAUAAGUAAAUGUAUUUUGAACUUGUAAAUUUAAACGAUUAAAGUCAGAAAAUAAGAAAUGAAAAACUAUUACUAUCAUAUGUACUUAUACCAUCCACGUCAGUGUUGUUUGGCAGAUUGCAAAUCUUACAUGACAUUCAAUAUGCGAUCACAAGUGAAUUGCAUUGGUGUAGCUAAAAAAAUAGAAUUACUGAAUUUAUUAAAGUGGCCGCAUAGACCAAAUAUGCAAUUGCAAAAUUGAUUGCAUCGAUAAGAAUGAUCUUAUAAAUUUCAGUUGGGUGAUAAAAAAAUUGGAAAAAAUUGUAUGGGUGUAAGUAUGAUAAAAUUAACUUUAGUAUAAUUGCCGAAAUAGUUGAGAUUACGAUAGUAAUUUUAUAAACAUCACAUCUGAAAUUAGUUGUGCAAUUACAUCAUGGGGAUGAACUUAACAAAAAGUGGCCUGCCGCCUAUGUGCUAUUCCAAUUGGGCCGAGCGCUGAGGGAUGUCUAUUUGCUUGUCAUAGUUAAGGGACCAAAGACCAAAGUAAGAUAGUUCGGUCAAUUUGGGCUUUGAUAACAAAUCCUUGUUAAUGGCCAAAUCAAGUAACGACAUUGACUUGCAAAAGUUGGAUCGGGCUUGAGCCCAAUCGCGGUGCUGUCCGUUGUUGGUCUACGCUCUACUCUAAAGUCCGAUCCAAAACCCUUUUGAACUUGUCAACUCCACUCGUGGCUCGGUACAACAGAACAGAAAAAGGCUAGGCGCUUUUCCUGCGUAAACUCGGAGCACCGAGAAAAAGAUCUACCAAAAAAUAAAUGAAUAAAAGAAAUAAAGAAGAUCUUCUUGGAAAAGAAGCCAUCUCAGCACGCAGCUCUCACUGCCACACUACUGCUAGAGCUCUCUGCUCCUUCUUCUGGCAAUUUCCCUCAUUCUCAGAAUAUACGCAACAAUAAUCCAAAUGCCAGUCGCCCGAUCCUCCCCGCCAUUCCUUCCGGGACUCUCCUCAUCUAGAACAACGAUUCCUACUCCGUUUCCUCUUCUUCUCUCAUUAAAUCCUUCUUCGACGUCGCUUCCUCGCCGUGGUCUCAUUGUCUCUUCUCCUCCUCCGACUCGCCGCCUUUUGACUUCCUUCCGAUAUCCUCCGCCGCUCCGUUGUUCGUCUUCCAUGCCCGCACACGUCUCCAUCGCCGAGUCCCAAGCUCAGUGGGAGAAUUGCUUGUCGUACUCGAGGGCGUUUUGGGUGAGCGAAUCGGUGAUUGCCUGGAAUGUGGACGUUGGAGAUGGGUGUUGCUGUUUGUAUGCUAGCCAGACCGCUUCUCUGUCUGUUACGGACGGCGGAAUUCAAGGCCAUGAUGUGAGAAUUGAGAUAAAGGAAGAUAGCGAAGGCCUUCCCGCCAAUGUGGUUGAAAAGUUCCCUCAUAUUCGAGAUUACAAGGCAUUCAAAGUUCCUAUUGGUGUUGCUGUCAAAUCUAUGCUCAAAUGCCAGUUGGCUGUUGCGGCUUUUAGCUCUGAUGGGAGAUGCAGGGAUGCCACGGGUUUGCAGUUACCUGGCAUCUUAGAUGAGCUGUUUUCGUAUGAUGGUCCUCUUGGUGCAUGCUACUCAGCAGAUGCUGUCACACUCUACCUAUGGGCUCCAACCGCUCAAACAGUGCGUGCUUGCAUAUACCAUGACGCUGCCAGUGCAGAACCUCAGGAAAUUGUUGAGCUGAGAGAGUUGAAUGGUGUUUGGAGCAUUGUAGGGUCUAAAAGUUGGGAAGGGUGUUAUUACACUUAUGAAGUUUGUGUAUAUCAUCCUACUACCCUGAGCAUUGAAAAGUGCUAUGCUAAUGAUCCAUAUGCAAGAGGGCUUUCAUCGGAUGGCCAGAGGACAUUCUUGGUAGAUCUUGCCUCAAAUGAUGUGAAGCCUGAAGGAUGGGAUAGAUUAACCGAUGAAAAGCCUAGUGUCCUCUCCUUCUCGGACAUAAGUAUAUAUGAGUUGCACAUAAGGGAUUUUAGUGCUUAUGAUCAAACUGUGGAUCCUGACAUCCGAGGUGGCUAUCUAGCUUUCACUAUGGAGGACUCUGCAGGUGUACAUCAUCUAAAGAAAUUAUCACGUGCUGGACUGACUCAUGUGCAUCUCUUGCCAACCUUCCAUUUUGCUGGUGUUGAUGAUGUAAAAGGGAACUGGAAGGGCAUUGAUAACAAAAUGCUGGAAACUUUGCCUCCAGAUUCAGAUGAGCAACAAGCUCAUAUCACUGCCAUCCAAAACGAUGAUGGGUACAAUUGGGGAUACAAUCCUGUACUCUGGGGCGUGCCAAAGGGAAGUUAUGCAACUAAUCCCAAUGGUCCAACCCGUGUAACAGAGUUCAGAAAGAUGGUUCAGGCACUUAAUCAUAUUGGCCUUCGUGUCAUCUUGGAUGUUGUCUACAACCAUUUGCAGGGGAGUGGCCCAUUUGACAAGGAUUCUGUUCUUGAUAAGAUCGUGCCAGGUUAUUAUCUGCGAAGGAAUGCUUCUGGACAUGUUGAGCACAGUACAUGUAUGAAUAACACAGCCAGUGAGCAUUAUAUGGUCGACCGCUUGAUCGUUGAUGACCUUGUGAACUGGGUAGUCAACUAUAAGGUUGACGGCUUCCGCUUUGACCUUAUGGGUCAUAUAAUGAAACGUACCAUGGACAAGGCAAAAGAUGCUCUGUGCAGCCUAACUAUGGAAAAGGAUGGUAUCAACGGAUCGAGUAUCUAUCUAUAUGGUGAAGGCUGGGAUUUUGGUGAAGUGUCUCAAAAUGGACGUGGAAUAAAUGCAUCACAAUUCAAUAUUUCUGGGUCAGGAAUUGGAAGUUUCAAUGACCGGAUACGGGAUGCUGUACUUGGUGGAUCUCCUUUUGGCCAUCCUCUUCAGCAGGGAUUUUUGACUGGCCUUAUGCUUCAGUCUAAUGGUCAUGACAAUGGUGGCAGAGAUAAUGAAGAGGUCAUGCUUGCUACAGCAAAGGAUCACAUUCAGGUUGGCAUGGCUGCGAACUUGAGGGAUUUUGAAAUAGCUGAUCGCACGGGGAAGAAGGUAACAGGAUCUGAAGUUUUAACUUAUGGGGGCACACCGGUUGCAUAUGCUCUGUCCCCUGUUGAAACGAUUAAUUAUGUUUCUGCUCAUGACAAUGAAACAUUGUUCGACAUUGUGAGCUUGAAAACUAGGAUGGAGAUUUCUGUAGAUGACCGAUGCCGAUUAAAUCAUUUGGCUACAAGUAUGAUAGCGUUGUCACAGGGAAUUCCAUUUUUCCAUGCUGGCGAUGAGAUGCUGCGUUCUAAAUCGCUUGACCGUGAUUCAUACAAUUCCGGCGAUUGGUUUAACAGGCUGGACUUCACUUAUAAUUCGAACAAUUGGGGUGUUGGCCUUCCUCCUAAGGAGAAAAAUGAAAAGAGCUGGCCUUUGAUAAAACCUAGAUUGGCAGAUCCAUCAUUUAAGCCUGACAGAGACCACAUCCUUGCUGCGGUUCAGAAUUUUGUUGAUGUACUACAGAUUCGGUAUUCUUCACCACUUUUUCGUUUACCAACAGCCAAAGCCAUCCAGGAUCGUGUGCGAUUCCACAAUACUGGUCCUUCUUCAGUCCCUGCUGUUAUAAUGAUGAGCAUUGAAGACGGUCAUCAUGACAACCCUGAGUUACCUCAGCUUGAUCAAACCUACUCCCACAUUGUAGUAAUCUUCAAUGCUCAACCGUCAGAGGUAUCAAUUACCGAUCCAGUGCUGUCCAGCAAGUCCUUUCAGCUGCAUCCUGUUCAGGUCAAGACAACUGAUGACGUUGUGAAGAGAUCAUCAUACGAUGCAUCCUCUGGAUGCUUCACUAUACCUCCAAGGACAACAGCUGUGUUUGCCGAAUGUCGGUAAAAGAAAGCCAUGAACCCAACAGUGUUGAUGAGCUAGUAAAUUGGGAGACAAUCAUCAGUUUAGAAUGUAAUGCUACCAAUGUAGGAGCCUCUUUUUACUUUCUCUGAUUUUUCCUUUUGACAAUGUCCAUUUGGUUGGUAUUCCUGUGGAAGUUUAUCAAUAAUGCUACCGAAUCUAGGAGGAUGAUUGUCCAGUUGCAUACUGAUGAAUGGAAGCCAGAGGUUUCAGACAAACUCUAUGCUUGAAGGUCACAAAUGUACUUCGUUGCAGCAUGACAUGUAUUAGUAUUAUUUCAUAAUGAAAGUUGUCACGAAGCCGGAUUUGUUAUGUAACAAUGAUCUGUCAUACUCAAUUGAGUGGAGUAAUGAAUAAGAAUUUUGUGUUUUGGUUUGGGUACAAUGUGUAGUUGGUGUAUGUAGGUUGAGCUGAUGGCCAUCCUCUGAGAUACCAGGACCAUAACUCCACCAGUUACUGGUUUUGGUUCAAAUUUAGAAGAAAAAACUAGGAAAUUCUGGCCAUAAUCAGGUUGCAGGUUAUCCGGUCUAACCGAAUGAAUGUUAUCGGUUGUCAGUUAUAGGUAAUUGUAAGGCAAUCGAUUUUGGUUGUCGAUUCCAGUGCUUACUCGUACCGGUUAACUGGGUAACCUGUUCGAUUAUACCAGAACCAAAUUGAUUGAUCACUCUUAGGGAUGGCAAUUACCCACCCAUGGGCAAUUUUACCCAAAUCCAAAUAGAUCCAUUUAGUAUGGGUACGGUUUGGAUGAAGUGUAUAUGGGUUUAGGGGUUUGUAAAUGGGUUUGGUUUAGGUAUGGAUAUUGCUUUCAUUAUGUAAAUGGGUAUGGGUUGGAUAUGAAUAUCCAUUUACUUGAGAGUGUUUUAACUACACACACAAAAAUUGGACCUAUUUGUAAAACUCGAAAAGUUUAGGUACCAAAAUGUAAGACCAAAAAAUUUUAGGUACUAAAAUGUAAUUUUCCAUCAAUAAUUUGAGGACUUAUAUGCAAAAAAUAAAUAAAUUUAGGUACUAAAUAUGCAUAUCUAUUACGUUUAGGUACAAAACUAUAAUUUGCCUUUGGGCAUGGGUACAAACCCAAAUCCAUGUGUUAAAAACCCAACCCAAGUAAAUGGGUAUGGGUACAAAUACAUCUAACUCUACCCAUCUACCAUUUAUUUGGAAUCCAUACCCAACCCAAUUGGGUUGGAUAGUAAAAUACUCAUGGGUAUGGGCAAAAUUGCCAUCCCUAAUCACUGUAUGGAUAGACAGUGAAUUAAGACCAUAGACUCGAUAAAGUAUAUAAGUAGACACUAAAAAUUCAAGUUUAGUCUUCGAUGAAAAAAGCUAAUUAACAUGCUUUUUCCUCGCUAUAUACUAGGAGGAAUGUGGGAAAUCGAAAUGAAUCCAUUGGCAUUGCUAUAUACCAGGAAUAGAAAUUCAAUUUAACUUCUCCCUAUAUACUAGGAUUAGAAGAGUAAAUGGGAAAUUAAAAGAGAUAAUAAUGCAUGCAUGACUUCCAUGCAUGCAACGCGACGAGGCAGCUGGAGACACGAGCGGAGAAGCGAUUAAUUUGGCAGCCCAGUAAAGCAAUGGUGGAAAACAAUUAACAUGGACUUAAUCGUUCUGCUUCUCGCUCUUGUCAUCUCGUGUGAAGUAGAAAAAAAUUCUCAACGCUAA